AAAAACCUACUAACCAGUAACAUGGAAAUGCUCUUUCUCAUCUUAUUAACACUGGAUCGUUUUUAUGUAUUAAGUGGUUUUCUGAUCGCACACACUAAUAAAGGGUUAUGUCUGAGCACACAAAAUAGUGUGGUGGUCCUGAGGAAGUGUGAUGAGAGCAACCCAUAUCAGCAAUGGAUCUGGACCAGCACCAUGAGACUCAAUCACACACUUGUGUCCAGAUGUCUGUGGGUCAGUCAGAGCACCACUAUCCCGAAACACACUCGCUUGGUCAAACUCAGGGACUGCGAUACUGCACCGGCAUGGAAAUGCUACAACCAACGAGGAAUCUUUGGUUUGGCAGAGAUGCCGAUGUUCCUGAAAAAACAGGGUGAACGGGCUGUUGUCUGCUCUGAAAAAAGGUAUUCAAACUGGUCCAUGAUCACGAUGGACUCUGAGGGGAGACGCGUGUCCAAGUCACUCUGCCCUGCCACAGGCCCGUCCACAGUUUCAACAAUGACACAGUUUCCAGUGAAACAGGUUUCAGUCAUUUCCACAGGGGAAAUGACCACUCUAACAGUCCCUGACAUUACUCAAAGCAGAGCGGUGACCCACCUCAGUAACACAGCCAGAAGCAGAACUAAACGCACUGCUACCACUGGCCUUGGUCAUCUGACAACGUUUACUGCUGAAGCAAACUUUAAUGAGAACUACACUCAAACGCUUGAGACUGAAUCACUCUACGAGAUGAGUGAUGUUACAGAUGUGUCCCCGAGCAGUCUGAUGGUAAAGAGAACUCAUGUUCCUCAGAAUUUCACCCAGAACAGAGCUGAGAUGACAGAGAUGACCUCAGAUGUUACGGAGCAGACCCAUAACCCUCUGACUUCUCAGACAGAGUCAGCUAUCUCCACAACAGAUGCUGAGUCUUCAGUUUCUUUGAAUGUGAGCACUGAAACUCAGACCGCUUUAGUCUUUCAUACAGGACCGUCUGAAGCUAACAGCAGUGACGUAGAUCCUAUACUGACUGAGAGUUCAACCAGAAGUUUCCCAGUGUCAAACACAGAUGGGGCAUGGACAAAUGCCAAAACCAAAAGCUCCACCACGACAAAGAUCAUCAAAGAUGUUCAGACUAUGUUGCCAUUUAAAACCAGAACGACCCGAGCAAUUACUAAAGUUCUUCCUAAUACAGAUACUAGAGCUGUAGAGAAUACAGCCACCAGUUCAGCUAAAACUAGAGCAGGUGCAACAGCCACCCUUACAGCCCUGUACACAUCUACAGCUGUCCCGCAUACAGACGUGUUCACAUCCACUACUUACACAACUACACUGGCUCCAGCUACUACUGUAGGAACAACCACCACCACUGCUGCUCUGAGCACAAGAAACACACCUCCAUCCACCAUCACUCCCACCAUGGCUUCCACAGCAAAGUUUAUAACGACGGAGGCUGCCACGUGUCUGGUGAAUGUGACUGCAAAGAGCAUUAAUAUGGAUUAUUGUGUGUUUAAUUUCACAACACCUGGAAAAUCCUGUAACUUCAUUCUGACUGAUGAUUCAAACUCCACAAGAUGUUCUGAAGAUAUCAAGAGGCCCAACCAUUAUACAUGCCUGAUGAUGGGUUUGACUCCGGGUGCCACCUAUUUGUUUGGAAUAAUGUCUCAGAAAAAUGGCAUACGCUUAAACAUUACAGUUCAAACUG